GAUCACUAUGCGCCAGCAGUCAUAUUAGUUGUUUUUCUUUGAGGUUUUUGAAGACACGACCUAGGCUAGGCUUGGCACAGGUAUGGGUCUUAUUGACUUCCUAAAUAUCAUAAUUUCUCUCUAGAUGUAAACCACACAACAAUUGAAAUGAAGAAUUUUAAACUUUGGGUGCACCAACGAGGUGCAAAUGAGGAUGAGUUGACUAUUCAUCCUAACGAUUUUCCAGAUGUGUCUGUCGGAGAUAUACUUGAAAUUUAUCAUGCGGAAGAGUCCAGUAGGCUGUUACUCCAAGUGAAGUCACUCAAAGCAGACACUCAACAAAAAGAAAUAGUUACAAUUGAUCAAAGUGUGGCAAGUAUCUUCAAGCUUCGUCAGUACAAGGAAGUUGUCGUAAACAAAGUAAAAGAGAAAGAUGUUGAAUUGGAUCUUGUUGAACUUCUCUUUAAAGACCAAUAUGUCAGUAGAGGAGACAUGUGGAGACUGAAAAAAUGCAUGAUGUCAACAUGUGCUUACAUUAGUAAAAAGGUAGAGAUAUGUGGUAUUCGUACACAAGUUAGUGAACUGUGGGCCAAAGGUGAUAAGGUCACUUGUGGAGCAAUAACUGAAAAUACCAAGAUUGCAUUCAGGUCUUCUAAAGCAAUGUGUUACCUGUUUGUACAGAUGAGUAGCGAAAUGUGGGAGUUUGAUUCAAAUGGUGAUUUGUAUUGGGAGAAAGCAGUGAAUGGUUUUCUUAAAGAUCUAUUUACAUUAUGGAAACAGCAAAAUGUCAACAAUGAAGUGACAAUUGUAUUUUUCUCCAGAAAGUUUUAUAAUGCUCAAUCAAUUGAUGUGUUUCCACAAUCAAUGAGGACUUGCUUGCAUAUAGAUUAUAAAGGGAGAAUCUAUGAAGAUUUAUACAAGGUCAUUGUACAACAUGAAUGGAGGGAUGAUUGGCUGCCGAUGCUUAUUACACUUAAACAACACUUUAUUCAGUACUUAAACCUAAUUCUACCCUCUCCACAAGGAAUCAACACUGACAUAAUCUGUAUGGCAGAACAGCCUCUUCAUGCCACCCCUCUGUUCAGGUUUCAUAGCAACUUUAGUGAUAACAGUUUACUUGGCGAUGAUUACAACAUACCUCAUUGGGUUAACCAUAGCUUCUAUCGAUCCAACAAUCAACGAAAGAACAACAUUCCUGCGCUUUCAACAUUUACACCUAGGAUAAAGUUAGCAGAAAGAUUGACAAAUAUUGACAAGAGUGCAGAUGAGUUACCCCCUCUUCAGCCAACAACUGGUAGAGCUAGCAUGUCAAUAUUUAUGGAUGCAUUUGACUCUUGGGUCGAUUCCUAUUAUGAUGAGCAUGACGAUAAUGUUUUCAAGAUACCGAGUCGACGUACUUCGAAAUCAAGCAUUAAAAGUGUUCGUAGUCAGUUCGGUUUGAGGGACACAUCAUCCAAAGACAAAUUAAAGUUAAAACUUAUACACAACAGAAGUUUUAAAAAGCAGAUGUCAUUGAAUGAUUCAACCUCUAGUUCAGAUCAGAAAUCCUCACAGGCCAUACCAAUCCCUGGACGAACCAGGGUUGUAUCAUUUUGCAGAAAGGAUGAUGAAAUUUUUAAAAGUCCACAAAAUAUUUCACAUAGUCAGGAAAAUGAGAAUGAGGACUCUGAAGGGCUCCCUCAACGGUUGAUCGUUGGAAGUGCUAGUGCCAUACACUGCUUUCCUAAUAUCAGUCCAACAAAUACACACAACAAACGAGCAUUGAUCAAUCCUUUUGCCAAAUCCUGUGCUGCUAUCCGGUUGACAUCUAAUCGACGGCGGUGGACACAUACAUUUCCACAAGGACCUUCUGGAGAAGCCAUUCAACUUCAUCACCGCAGGCGGGAUGGUACAGAAUGUUCAGACGAUGAGCAGAAUUUAAUGUUAGAAUUGAGCGACUCAGGUUCAGGGCAACCUCAGGGAAGAAUUCCGCACUCGGGUAGUGGUGCCGGUUUACCGCAUUCGGCAAGUGGUAUUAGUCUCAGUAGUCAGCUAUCCGUAUCCAGUACGGCUAGCGUGGAGACAGUCCAAUACAGAGGACCACCAGUCGGACCUGGGAACAGUAGGCUUGCUUGGAUUUGGGGUGCAACAGGGGAGCAAGUAUGGACACCUUUUGUACAGACAGGUGUUGAUUGGAAGUCAAUAAUGGCAACAGCUUGUCUGCCGAUCACCACUGACUACUAUCCAGACAGCUUCAUUUUAGAGAGAGACUACAUGGAGAACCAGUAUGAUGUGUCACCAGAUGAAUUGGUCGGACCUAAUGUCUACUCUUUAGAAAGUGCUUUUAUGGAGUUAGUCUCACAAAGACUAAUGCACGGUUUUCAGAUGGUCAUAUCACCUCAGAAUGUCAAGUCGGGCCUUCAACAGAAUACUUACCGUACCAGUCAUCAUCUUGUCACCAAUGUUGAUCGUGAUGAGUAUGUGCUCAGUAUUGGCAAGAUUUUCCAUCGGAUCUCAUUACAUAGAAAUGAUCGUGUCAUCAAAGUGACCAUGUUCAAACCUAGACAUCCAUUUGUACCUCGAGAAUUCUUGUACAGCUACAAGAUUUGGCCGGCAAAAAAGAAUAAUUACGAGAUGGCCGUUGUGGAAUUCCAUCAUGAGCAAUUAGAACUUUUCAACUGGAAUUAUAUGGACAAUCACAUCUGCUGUAAGGGUGUGGACUAUGAUCUCAUGGAGUCACUGAAAUUCUGGCGUUCCCGUUUUCUUCUACUGCCCUCAUCUUCUCAAGCUGUCCGCAAACUUUGUGAGUCGCCGGGUACACCUUGCGAUGUUUUCUCACUUCAUUGUGAGACAGAAAACCAAAACCUCAUCGAGGGUUUCUUCAAAUUUAUGAACAUCCUUAAUCGUAUCCGUCGUCAAAACAACUCGAAUAAAAAGGAAGCUUCUAAUAAAAAGAGAAAUAGUGGACAUGCAAAACCUACAAGGCGUGCCAGUUUGACUUCUUUAUCGGAGAUCCGACAGAAAAAUACCAUGCUUACGAAACGACCCUGCAGUCCUGUUGGUAGGGGUGCAGACAAGUCCACUCGUCACCGUGUUGGGUCUCUUGAAUACACAUCAGAUGCUUAUAAAAGCCUAUUGGCUUCACAAAGUGCCACACCCACCAACAACAACAUUGCCACUGAGAGACCACACCUUAGCCUCAAGUCUCCUUUGGAGUAUAUAUUAAAUGCCAUGAGAAACUCAGAAAGUGGCUUGAACUUCUUGCUUCCAGACAGUAAAGGGUUUCCUCCACAGUCUUUCAUUGGUGCUGAUGCUGUUCAGUGGAUCCUCCACAAUCUAGAAGAGGAUACACUUGAGGGCGAGGCGGUGGAGCUCUUUCAGACUAUGAUAGAAAUGAAAUUAAUCCAUCCUGUGGGGGACAAGUCCUGUGCGUCACAUUGUAAUGGUUACCAUUUCUUCUACCUGAGGUCACCAAGUGAGCAAACUGAAAACAACUCCCCCAAUAUAUCAAUAGAUCUUUCACUUCAAAGAUAUCUAUUCGAGGUUGCAGUGUCUUGUGAUAGUUGUUACGGAGAUGAUAUGCCAUCCGCACUAUUUCCAUGGAGCGAGCAGGGAAAUGAUUUUGAUUCAUCAAAGCUGCACCACGGAUGGGGAGGUCGUGAACGUUUUAUGGCCAACGAAGAUCCUUCCAGCUUAUUUAAAAAUGUUAUCAUGGACUUAAGCAACAGUAAGACUGAUAGACCAGAAUGGUGUCACGUUGCUUAUCAGCAGGUCUUCAAUCCAAGUCAAGCAUUUGAGUUGAAAGUUCAAUGGCUAGUCUCUUCUUCCAGCAUGUUGAAUGAACUGCUGCAAGGAUGGUCAAGGAAGGCUCAACAGUGUGGGUUCCAUCUAGUUCCUGUACCAUGUGACCCAUUUUACUUCCGUUUUGAAACAUCAGACCCACUAAGUAGCCCGCUUUUUAUUGAACUUAAUGUUCCUACUGUUUUUGAAGGUGACAAUGCAGAGGUGUCUCAACUACAAAUAGCCAUACUUGAAAGAUUUGGUUUCAUUCCGAUGAAACAAGCAUCUCAAAAUGCUUAUGAAUCUUCACUUCUGCCGCUGGAUUACUACCAAUUUGUUCAUGUGUCUGGGGGAGCUUUUGCUGCAAUACGCUGUUCCAGCAGCACAAAAAAACCUGCUGAGAGGUAUAGUUUUACGAAUUCACCAUUUCGCCGGAGUCUUAGUCGGAAUUCCUCUGACAACUUACAAGAUAGCGGUUCGCAGAUCUAUAGCAAAGAUGGCAGCAACUCUGACUUGCAACUAAAGCGAGACGAGUUGAAACGGGACGCUGAAGGUAAAGUUGGAUUCUUAUGGGUAACCAACCAUCUGUUGACUAAACGAUGGCGCUCUCUGGGGACAGGAUGUGAGAAAUUACCUGCUCGACUACUCAAUGAUUUCAAGUUAUUCUGUUCGGAUGGGGAUGGAAGGCUGCAAGAGUUUUGGCAAGGUCACACAAGCUGAACUCUAUAUAAAUUCAUGAAGGAUAGGUACCAGUAUGACCAAAUUCUGUAUGGAAGUGUUUAAAAUAGUCACAUUUUUGUAUACCCUCAAACUGUUAUCAAUUUGUAUUCUUUAUUCUUAAUCACAAGUGCAAUCUAUCAUCCAUUUAUUUAUGAUUUUCAACACUAAUAUCUUUUAAUAACCAGUUAACAGUGUCAUAUUAUUACUGUAGAUUACAGUAUCAUGAUAAUAAAAUACACAGUUAUGGUUGUAUUCCAUCCACAAGAGAAUAAUUUGACAAACGAUUACUGCAUGAAAAAAUCGCCUUCAUGCAAUUUUGGCUCUUGAGAAUUUUCAUGAUCACAAUUAUUACUGUGGAGUACAGUAUCAGGAUAAUAAAAUACGCGGUUAAUAUGGUCGUAUUCCAUACACACGAUAAAAAAUUAGUACAGUACACAAAUGAUUACUGUGUAAAAGAAUUACCUUCAUGCACUGUCGGCUCUUGAGAAUUUUCAUGUGCCAAUCAAUCAAUAGUGCUGUAGAAUAAUAAUUACAGGUACUUAUUUUUGGCUUUUGUAUUCAAACAUGUUAAAUAAAAUUUCUGACAAUCACAUUUAUUAAUUUUAUAAUUAUCUAUUUUUAUAUUCAUUUAUGCAACUCCUUAAACAGCUUGUUAUUCACAGUGCAAUAAAUGAUCUGGUUUGAAAUGUAACUGAAGUAUAAUCAACAGUAUUACUAUUCAUCUUCACAAAUCAGGGUCCUUGGAAAUUGAAACAGCCUUCCACAGUCCCACGGGAAAGUAAAAAGUUCCCAGAAAAGUUCCCAUCGUCGAUGGCAGUCUAGAUGGAUCGUCAUUAAAAACGAUCUGUAGCGCGCGCGUAGUCACGUUGCGUGCUUCAUAGAACCACAUCGGCCGACGACCCUCGGGCGUAGCGAGUGCGGCUUUAAAGAAAGAUUAUUUAACCAGAUCCUCCCUGAAGUGUCUUCUUCCAACUUGAGAUCCGAUGAUCAGCAAAACAGUGACCUUUAUGAUUUAAAGCAGUACUGGAGUUCCACGCUAUUUAGAGUCAAAACCUGCUAUGGAUGUACUUAUUAUGGAAAAAUAAAGAAAAUAUUUCAAGCCAAACCAAAUAAAAACAAUCAGAUGAAAAAAAAAUUUAUAUAAAUAGUUUUAUUGAAAAAGAUGAAUAUCCGUAAAAUAAUAAAUAUUUAUGUUUUAUUUCACAUGGCAAUGUAUUAUAACUUAUGUAAUACUGAAAUCUAUAAAUAGAGAUGAAUAUAAUUUAAAUAUAUUCAUAUUGUUUCUUCUUUAUUUUAUAUUUUGCUGCAUGUAAUAUUGUCAGCUGAUUUGUGUGCUCAAUGCCCCAUUUAUGAUCAUAUGAAAUGUAAUCAAGUUUGCAAUUUUUUUAUAUUAAAUAAAUGAAUAAAGUAGCAAAUGUA